AUGACGAGGUCGGGACCGCGCGACGUUCCUGGGUCCCCGCCCCCAGCCCCAGGGCUCCACCGCCCGCCCACCCGGGGCUUCCAAGGAGGGAGCGGAGACUGCGGCGCGGCGCGACAUGGCCUCGGUGGAGCCGCCUCGUCCCCGCCCCGCCGCGCCCCGACUCACAUCGCCCCGCAGCCCGGGCGGCGCCGGGCCCCGCUCCCGGGUCCCGCUGCAGCAGCCGCCGCCCGCCCGGAGCUAAGGCCUCCCCGCCCCGCCCCGCGGCCGCAGGGUCGGAGGUCACCGACAGCACCAACGAGACGCUGCGGGCGGGCGGACCGAUCUGCAGCUCUAGGUCCCUUCUCGAGCCGUCCCUCACCACCAGCCGGGGAGGGGAGGGCGGGGGCCUCUGGGGGCGUGGAAGAGGAAGAGCCGUGCCAUCAGGGCGGGCAGAGGCGGGCGCUAGGGCCUCAGGGUGGGGACUGGACUUUGCCACCAGUGUCAGUGCUGAACUCUGGCUGGCCCCACCGAGAGGAUAGUCCCACCCUUGUGGAACCAGGUCCACCAGCCAACUCAGACAGUGACUCAGGCCAUCUGUCAGGGGAGGACCCAGAGGAUUCCUCUGCUCAGGGUCCUGCAGUUCUCGGCUUGGGGCCCCCUCACUUGGACACCAAUCAAGCCCCUAACUGGCCUGGGCUUCGAACUCUCCUGCAGCAGCUCCCUCCACAGGACAGUGAUGAGCGCUACUGCCUGGCCCUUGGGAAGGAGGAGCUGGCCGAGCUGCGGCUCUUCUGUACCCAGCGGAAGCAGGAGGCCCUGGGACAGGGGGUGGCCCACUUGGUACCUCCCAAGCUUGAAGGACACACCUGUGAGAAGUGCAGGGAGCAGCUGAAACCAGGGGAGUAUGCAAUGUUUGCAGCCCGGGCCGGGGAGCAGCGCUGCUGGCACUGGCCUUGCUUUGCCUGCCAGGCCUGUGGACAGGCCCUGAUAAACCUCAUCUACUUCUACCACGAUGGGCAUCUCUACUGUGGCCGUCAUCACGCCGGGUUGUUACGGCCACGCUGCCCGGCUUGUGAUCAGCUGAUCUUCUCCCGGCAAUGCACCGAGGCGGAGGGACGGCGCUGGCACGAGAACCACUUCUGCUGCCAGGACUGCGCCGGGCCCCUGGGCGGGGGACGUUAUGCCUUGCCGGGGGGCAGCCCCUGCUGCUCCAGCUACUUCGAGAGCCGCUACUCGUAUACAGUCUCAAGCCCGGCCGGGGCACUGGAAGGGCGGACAUCCCUUGCGGAGGCGGAACCCGACCGAAUCGAAGGAAAAAACUGUGCCUCGCUGAAGACAGUGACAGUCCCCGUAGCAGCCCUUCUCUCUGCCUCUACCGUCGGCUCCAGCUUGAAAACUCAGAGGGGGCUGCUUGGGUCUAGUCCUGAGCAGGAGUGCCGAGCUGAGGACCUGGCGGAGGCACCCAAAGGGCGGGAUCAAGACCGCCUGGAGGCGCCCCAAAGUCCCAAGGAGGACGCCCCCUGCCCGAUCUGCUCCUCUUCCUCUGACUCAGAACCCGAAGGCAUUUUCUUAAGCCAGCGCCUUCCCCGGCCCUGGAAGACCCCCAGAAACCUCCAAGCAGGAGACAGCGACACCUCCAGGAAGCAUUACAGCAUUUGCUAGUGGCGCAGCCUAAAGAUCUGUAAGGCGGAAAAAGGAGGUUCUCCUCCCCUAUAUAAAUCCUAGCCUGAACGCAAUCAGGGAUACGCCUGGAAGAGGCGGCGAGAUGACAAACUUGGAGUGCGCCCCCCUCAGCACCGCGCGUUCUAUGAUUUUUUAAUGGAAACCUUCUUGGGGAACCCCAUUCCCCAAAGCUGCGCUUCCCCUGCUGAGCUAGCUCCUACCCCCUCGCCCACAAACUGGGACAGCCCGGUCCGCAGCAUCCUCCUGCUGAGCCAAUGAAGUGGUCACUCAGCACGUAUGACAGUGACCGUCUGGGGAGCCGGAGGUCUGGAGGGAACCGGGGGUGGAACCUGGAGCAGGGAACGGUAGAGCUGGGCCGCGCUCCGCCCCUUGCAGAGAUCGCG